UCCGUCGGCCAGAAGGUGAGCAACUCCGUCCGAGAGGCGGAGCGGAGGAAGACCAAGUCCGGGAACAUGGUGAAGGACAAGGAGGACCGGGCGACGGUGGAGCAGGCUUUGGAUCCGCGGACGCGGCUCAUCCUGUUUAAGAUGCUAUCCCGCGGCGUCUUCUCCGAGAUCAACGGGUGCAUAUCCACGGGUAAAGAGGCGAACGUGUACCACGCCGUGACCGCGACGGGGGAGGACCUCGCGGUGAAGGUGUACAAGACGUCCAUCUUGGUGUUCAAAGACCGCGACCGAUACGUCAGCGGGGAUUGGCGGUGGCGCAACGGAUACUCGAAGAAGAACCCGCGGAAGAUGGUGCAGACCUGGGCGGAGAAGGAGAUGCGGAACUUGAUACGCCUGCGCGAGGCUGGCCUGCGCGUGCCCGAGGUGAAGAUGCUGCGAUCGCACGUCCUCGUGAUGGGGUUCAUCGGCUCCGAGGGCAGGGCGGCGCCGCGGCUAAAAGACGCGGUUUUGAGCGAGUCGAGGCACCGCCAACUCUUCGGCGACCUGCUCGUGGACGUUCGACGGAUGUACAACGAUUGCCGUCUCGUGCACGCGGACUUCAGCGAGUACAACAUCUUGUACCACGACGGCGCCGCGCACAUCAUCGACGUGUCGCAGAGCGUGGACUUGGACCACCCGCGGUGCUUGGACUUUUUACGCGAGGAUUUGUUGCACUUGGGGCAAUUUUUCGCCAAGAACGGCGUCGCCGUGCCCACCGUGCGAGAGAUGUUCGAAUUCGUGACCGACCCCGCGGUGACCGCGGAGAACAUCGACGCGUGUCUGGAAGCGCUCAACGCGAGCGCGAUCGCGCGGGAGGUGCGGAGAGGAAGGGGCGACGGCGGCGAGGGCGUGUUCCAGCAGGCGUUCAUACCGAAGCGGUUGGACGAAGUCGACGCGUUCGAGAGGGAUCAGCGGCGGUUGAAAGCGUCGUCGAGCGCGCACGGCGACGGCGCGGAGAGAGAGGUCGGGGGGGUGUACUACCAGAGCAUCACCGGCAUGAAGCACGACCUGAGCGGGGUGGAGACGACGCCGAAGAUUCUGAGGCAAAAGGCGGCGAAGGAUCGCGAGGCGCGGAACGAUUCCGACGACGAGGAUUCCGACGACGAGGUCGAGCUCGACGAGAACGGCGACGCGAUCAAACGGCGCCGUCGAGGCCGGGCGCCGAUCGAUAAAGACGCGGUGAGGGCGGCGAGGAAAGAGAACAAAGCCGCGGUCAAAGCGGAAGCCGCGGAGCGUCGCAAGACGAAGAUCAAGAAGCACCUCAAGAAGAAG